AUGCAAAUACCGACUUUCUUCCUGCGCACGAAUAUGCGACUUUGGAUCUUCCAGGCUCUUGUCGCAUGGCUUUCAAUCCGCUGUCAUAAAUUGCCGUUACCAUCGGGUGUAGGCUUUGCUCUCACUUCAUACAUGGGGUCAUUCACCACUUCCGCAAAGGACAUUUUGGACAGCAGAUAUGGCUUCGUUCUACCCUGGGAAGCAACAUUUAUCCUGCCAUUAGCCCUCGAUGCGUACAUCACGAGCAGUAUGCCUGAAUUGGCCAUCCUCCUCGGAAGCCAUCCUUGUGAAGUUACGAAGAAGGAUCCAGAGACCUACGCGUGUGUCGAAGACAUUGCAUAUCAAUGUCAUCAAUUUGCAGAUAUGUGGGCUCACAGAAGAGAGUUCGGCAGAAGCCUGCGAAUAAUGGAAAUCUGCUGGGAAAAGUACCACACAGAUGUCCACACAGCGAGAAAGCACCAUGACAUUGGUCACAAGCAUGAAUCCGAGACUUUGAUGCGCCUGCUUGGAUGUAUGCAGGCGGCAAAGACUUGGGAGAUGAAGAAAGAGAUCUGUCCAGGACAAGAGAGUAUCCUGAAUUGCAUUGCCGCGUAUAAUGCACAAGAGUUCGUCCUAGAUCUCCAACGGAGAAACAAGAAGGACUUGGUCGAGGAGGAAGAGAAACCACAAAAAGUGGCUGUGGAAGGAGGCGAGGAAUCAGCAACUGACGAGCAUCUUGAAGUAACGACGUCAUGA